CCGGUGAAGAGCGCAGCGAGAGCACAACCCAAAUCUCCACACUCUGUAAACAGAAAUGGCAGAAGACGACGGCACAGCUCGGAUACCAGGAGCUGAUCCGCUGUGUUUGGGCCCAGUCACCCAGCCCUACCCUCGCUCCCCGAAAACACUCCGCAAAACAGGCACCGCCUCCGUCAAAUACACACAGGAGCAGUUGUCAUGUUUGCUGGAGGAGCUGGAGAAUGAGAGCAAAAGGACAGAGGCUCGCAUGGCAUCUCUGAAAAAACGCCAAGGCAACCUCACUGCGAGUGCAGAGGUGAUAGAGCAGCAGGUACGUGAGCGCUUCGAGAAUAUGCGCCUGGCCUUAGAAAAGGACGAGCUGGCCGCUCUGAGCAUGCUAGAACAGGACCACAGGGAGAACAGCAGUAAACUGACGAGGCAUCUGCAGGACUGGACCCAGCACCUGAGACUGGUGCGGAAACACAUCAGCACCAUCAAGAAACUGCAGGAGAGCAGCGCUGAGAGCCAACAGCCGGUCUGUGCUGAGGACUUCAGUUGCAGUAAGAAGCUGGAUAUAGCUGAGGAGGCCAUCAGGCUCAAUGAGGAGAAAUUCCAGAAGCUUAUGAAAGCUUUAGGGAAGAUUUCAAAAGAGCUGCAGGCCCAGCUACAGAGAAAGAGCCUGUUACUGGACUACACUGAGGUGGUGAUUGACAGGAUGACUAGCCACAGACAGAUCAAAGUGAUGUCAAAAGGCAGAUCUAUGCACAUUUCUGCAGAAGACUGUUCAGCUCCUAAUCAACCCCAGCAGUUUGAUCAGGUCUACUGUGCCCUGGGCUCAGUUUCAAUAACAGGAGGUCAGCAUUACUGGGAAGUAGACGUUCACUGCUGCUCUGCUUGGGCGGUGGGCGUGGCCUAUGGAAGCCUGAGCAGGAAAGGGCAAGACAAAAGUACAAAACUGGGCAGAAACAGGCUCUCCUGGAGUCUGGAGUUUCAGGAUGGACAACUCUCAGCCUGGCAUAAUGACCGGCAUGUGGCGUUGUCUGGCAGGACAGGGCGAGGGGCACCGGAUAAAGUGGGCAUCUUUGUAAACUACCGGAAGGGUCGUGUGGCCUUCUAUGAUGCUGAAACUGUGAAAGUGCUGCAGGAGUUUUCAUCAGCUUCCACCGCUGUGUUUGAGAGAGCCUAUCACCAGUUUACAGAGCCGCUCUUCCCUGCCUUUCGCUUCUUUAAAGCCAGAGAUGGACACAGUGUCCCAGAUCAUAUGGAAAUCUGUGACCUCAGCAUGUGAUCGAUUAUCCUACACUAAUAUCGUACUGAUAGGUAUAAUCCGUUGCUGUGGGGAAAAAAAAACCUUGUCUAUAUAUAUUUUUUUUUUAUUGUUUUUCUUUUCAUCAUUUGAAGAUACUGGCUGUUACAAAUUUCAUAUGAAUGGACCAACAGAAAUUGUCCAGAUUUGUUUAGAAUAAAAUCUCUUUACAUUAUCUUACAUUAAAAGUUAAGUUACCGAUGUGGAUACCGUUCUAGUUUUAGAUAUGUACAACAAUGUAACAGUAUAACUUUGCUUUUUAAAUAUUUUUUUAAUACCUAAAUAAAACAGAAGAAAUCCUCUACUUGUACAGCUUUUAACACUGCAUUUCAAAAGGUGCCAGAGUGUCACAUCAACUAAAUUUACACUUACCUGAAAUCAAUAUCCAGUAGUAAACUCUUGAUGGGGUCACUCUUGUUGUCUAUGCUUUGCAUCUUAAUUAGUUCAUGGAAUCUGUAAUUAAUGAAUAAAAGUUUAUGUAAACAAAAUGUUUCAGACUUCAUAAUAAUAC